GGGAGUAAAGUGUAAUUUUAAAAUCCAAUCCUCAGGGAAACAAAGCAGUUCCUAUAUAAAAUGUAAAUGGUUACGGGUGUAGAGAAGAACGAAAGUUGAAGGUGGUCGUCAGCUCCUAAACCCCAUUCCUCAGUCUUUUGCUUCAGCUUAUACGCCACUGAGUUUGUCUGAAGGUAGUAAUGGAACACGGGUCCAUCUCAGAUCCAAGCAAAUCGACGUUUUCUUUAACGGAUGAGGAUCACACUCUCGCAAAUGCCCUCAGGUUCACUGUGAAUCAGGAUCCAAGGGUAGCAUUCUGCGGAUACAGCAUUCCUCAUCCUUCAGAUAAUCGAGUAAAUAUUCGAAUUCAAACAACAGGUGAAUCAGCAAAAGAUGUACUUAAAGAUGCAUGCCAGGAUCUAAUGCUAAUGUGCCAUCAUGUGAGAAGCACCUUUGACAAAGCUGUUGGUGAUUUCAAAAUCAGUCAAACUGUUAAGGACAUGCAUAUCAAAUAGCUUCUUAAUUUUCAAUUUGCUCUUCUCACUUUGAUAUAUUUUGUUUGAUUCCUUUUACUUUUAAGCCUUUUUUAUUUUUUGGUGGGUAAUAAGAUGUGUAAGCUAUUUGUUCAA